GUGUUCAUUUUGCUUGUAUGUUAGUUGUGAUCUGUGACGAGUUUUUUGAAAUAUUGAAAUUGUACUUUACCGUUUAUCCAGUAUCUAUUGGUGAUUUCUAGUGUUUUAUUUUUGAAAUCCUAACGUUGUCGAUUCUUGUAUAAAUCUUGACUACGGAUCAAAGACACAUAGAUUGUAUAUUGUUUUGUUCUAAAAAUGCCAGUGUGUUGCGACUUAAUCGAUUUCGACGCGGUAGUGACUCAGAGUUGAACGUAUUAAGUGUGCAUCUUUUGUUAUGAAGCUGUGUGGGACGACGUAGCAUUUCGUUACUAAUAUUUCAGAGACUCAAAAAGAAAAUCAUGUUGCGUCUGAAAAAAGGUUUUUCGGAGCAUCUGCUCCAAGUGGCGCUGCUGUUGUCACUGAUCGGCUCCGACCGUCUGUGGCCCUCGUUCGGCAUCUGGUCAUCUGCUCCGUCGGCCGAAGUCGAAGUGGGCCCGCUGCAGCGAUGGAACGACGACGGUUACUCGCCCGGAUUCGGACCGUUCACGGAAAUCCAUCCCAAACACGUAGAUCGCGAUCUGGAUCGGCAAUGGCUGCUCGGCGAGCUGCUAUCGCUCGGUCGCUACGGCGAAAGGUAUCCGUCCAACAUCGAGGCGUAUCUGUUGAACGUGGACGGAGGCGAUGAGAACAACGAUCAACAACAGCAGGACGGGCGUGGCGUCGUCAAGACCGAACCCAAAGAGGACGACAGCGGCAACGGCGACGAAGACGGCGACGAGGACAGCCCGUUCGACACGGACAUCGUAGACGAUGUCUUCACUUUGGAGCCAGAGGACGCUGAACUGGUGGAGGCCCUGUGGAAAGUCGACUUGGACUACGGAUCGGCAGAGGUUGGCGAACAGCGAGUCGAUUUCCCUUACGACGACGGCGAACAGCCUUUUUUGUUGCCAGGGGACGAGCCCCCUUCGUGGAACCGCACUUUCAGCAGUCCCCGUAGCCCUACGGACCGCAGUUGGUUCUUACCGCCUUUGGGUUUCAACUCCAGUGACUUGUCCGACGAAGGAGCCGCCCAACGUAGCCGAGAGGGUUUGGACAAUUCUUGGGAGGUGAGCCGCUGGCUUGUGGACCUCAGAUCAGAAGAUACCGCUCGUUCGAGAGGGAUUUCCACCGACAAUGACACCGAAACGUCGGAUUUGGAUGCCGAAGAGUUCAAGCACAACAAGUCACCCAGUAAAGCUGCUUCUUCUCCUAGACUAACUGAAGAUCAACGGGUGAAAGAAUCUUCGUGGUACGAACCGUCGUUUGAAUUCGACUUGGACGAUUUCGAGUCGUUCGCCGACGACAUGAUGCAGUGCUAUUCGCAACCGCCGCCGUCCACCAGACACUUUCAGGGAAGGAUGGGUUAUACUAGAUCCGGCGGAAACGGCAUGGACCAGCGAGGAUGGCAAGACUUGGCGGCGUGUAGUCCUAUGUUGGCUUUUCCCGGUGAAGGUCAACAUCAACACUACGCCCAACAUCCGUCCACGCUCAAUUAUCCCGGAUCCAGCAUGUACCAUCCAAACUCAUCAGGAAACGUGCUGCUCCAGAACGUCAGCUUGUGCGCACCACCUCCGCCGCCACCACCGACAACCACCACCGAUAUGAGUCACGCCUCGUCGUCAUUGCACCCCAUUUCCCAUUACCAUCAUCAUUCUUCGUCGCUCGGUGUCUCGCCCAACUGUAAUCUCAGCUCGGCCGUAGCUACAUCCCUUCACUUAGCCGGCAGCUCCUCGGAACAACCGGCUUCGUUCAAAACCGAACCGCCGCAACACCAACACGAAAUGAUGUUCCCUUACCACCAGAACCACAAUAGCGAAAUGGCAGCACCGUCAUCCGACGGUCUCCUGUCGUCCAUUUUAAACGACGACGACUUGCAGCUGAUGGACCCGGCUAUGGCGCCAGACGGCAACAUGUACCCAGUGCGGAUGAUGGACAGUGCAAGUUCGGUGGCUUGCAACAAUACCAUGAACAUGGUUCAGAACAGCAACGCCGGCGGCGAUUCCGACAGCGCUGUAAGCUCGAUGGGUUCCGAAAGAGUGCCGUCACUGUCGUCGGACACUGAAUGGAUGGAAACCAACUCGGACAGCGGCCACAACGACGGGUAUCCGUCACAUUCACACCAAGAAUACGGAAAAAUGAGGUGGUUGGACAAUUACCUGUACUCGGGCGGCGCUCGAGGACACUCGUCGGCUCCCCAAAAGAAAUAUCAGUUGUACGGAAGGCGUUUAGUCGAUCCCGCCGCGGGAACUUCGAACGGCUCUGAAUCGGCGAGACAAAACCACGCCGGAGGUAUGGUGGCCGAUCCGCUGACCUUACCGUACGACAUGUCCGUAAGAGACGGAAUUCCCGUGCCGGGCGCUUCCCAGUUCACCAGGCACAUGGCCGGUUGCUCCCGAGUGUUGACGCCCGAACAUCAAGUAGCGCUUAAUCACACAUACGCCAUGCCGCCCGAAGGUCUGCCGAGGACUCCUCGCACCAAACUCAAGAGCAGUUGUAAGAGGUCUGAGGAAGAACAGCUGACCAGAGACGAGAAACGCGCCCGGAACCUCAACAUCCCCAUCACCGUCGACGACAUUAUAAAUCUGCCCAUGGACGAAUUCAACGAGAGACUGUCCAAAUACGAUCUGUCCGAAAGCCAACUGACGUUGAUCAGAGACAUCAGACGUCGCGGCAAAAAUAAGGUGGCAGCCCAGAACUGUCGAAAACGCAAACUAGAUCAGAUACUCAGUUUGGCCGACGAAGUAAAACAGAUGAAAGAUAGAAAGUUCAAUUUGUUGCAAGAACGUGAAUAUUUAAUGACCGAACGGAUGAGAGUCAAAACGAAAUACGAUUUAUUGUACAACCACAUAUUUGCUAGCUUAAGAGAUCCAGACGGCAACCCGUACUCACCAUACACACACACGUUGCGCGAACAGCCUGACGGAAGUGUUAGUAUUGUGCCCAGAAAUAAUGGAACUCAGACUGACCGUAAUCCUCGGCCCAAGCAGCACAAGGACAAAUAGUUGUUGUCCGUUGUGGUGAACUGCUUAUAAUUAAGAAAAAUUUAUUUUUUGUUAAAUGCUGUGAUAUGAAAUUAUGGACGGUCGUGUCCGCCUCAAAAUUAUCAGGGAGCCGCGUGUACUUAAUAAUUUUGCUCAAUUGAUUGCAACUAAUUUUUAUUUUGAAUUUCUCAUCCCAAAGACAUCGCAGUUUAAAUGAAUUCUCCUUGAUAACACCUUUAUUAAUUUAUUUUUAAAUUAGCUAUUACUUUUUUUUAUUAUAAAAAAAAAAAUUUGAAAAAAAAAAACAAUUUUAAAUUUAUGAGAAAUCUUGACGAUUUGGUUUUUUGUACAUUUUGUCUACUAUUUUAUAUUUUAUUUGACUCGCGUAAAAAAAAAAAAUAAUAAUAAUACUAUUAUUCACAGAUCAAAUUAAUUCUGCUCAAUGCGUUGUCAUUUAAACAUUUUUUUUAAAUCUCAUAAGUUAUUUAUUUGUAAUUUUUAUUCUCUUUUAUAACAAGUUCUAUAAUUUUUCUUAAUAAUAGGGAAACGGAUGGUAUUUGGUUGAAUUCAAAAAUUCAUACUAAUUUAUUAUUAUUAUUUUAACUUGGUGAUUUUAUAAAUAAUUUAUUGUAUACUAGUUUUUUCUUUCUUUUUCUCACUCUCUUUAACCAUAAAUGUAUUGACAAAUUUAUAUUUCAUUGCGUUUUUGGUUUAUUAAUAUUGUAAAAAAAAUUAUAUAUAUAUGGUAAAUAUCUAAAUUAAUAUAUUAUACAUAGCUUAAUGAAGAAGGUUAUUAAUCAAUUUCAAAAGAUCGACAGUUUA